AUGGCAGAUCUUGAAGCUGUAUUAGCCGAUGUUUCCUAUUUAAUGGCAAUGGAGAAAUCCAAAUCCACACCAGCGGCUUCAGCAAGCAAAAAAAUUGUUUUACCCGAUCGAACAGUACGAAGUGUUACACACAAGCACCUACAAAAAAUGUAUGAAAAUACAUUUGACAAAAUAUUUAAUCAACAAAUUGGAUUUCUUCUGUUUAAAGAAUAUUGUUCAACGUUAUGUGAUGAACCUGUGCCUCAAUUAAAGUUUUAUGAAGAGAUAAAAAGAUUUGAAAAACUUGAAACAGAUGAAGAACGAUGGAAAGUUGGAAAAGAAAUUUAUGAUCAAUUUAUCAUGAAAGAAUUACUUUCGAAUUCUCAUACCUAUUCUGAACGAGCUAUUGAAAGUGUGAAAAAGCAUUUAUCAAAAUAUAAUCCAAAUAAUCCGAAAAAUAGUUUACCAUCGAAUUUAUUUGAACCCUAUAAAAAAGAAAUUUGUGAUUUAUUACGUGGAAGAAUUUUCGAUAAAUUUAUUGAAUCCGAAAAAUAUACAAGAUUUUGCCAAUGGAAAAAUUUCGAACUCAAUAUUCAGUUAACAAUGAAUGAUUUUAGUGUACACAGAAUUAUUGGCCGAGGUGGUUUCGGAGAAGUAUAUGGUUGCAGAAAAGCAGAUACUGGGAAAAUGUAUGCAAUGAAAUGUCUUGAUAAGAAACGUAUCAAAAUGAAACAAGGCGAAACGUUAGCAUUAAAUGAACGUAUUAUGCUUUCACUUGUCAGCACAGGAGAGGAAGGCUGUCCAUUUAUUGUUUGUAUGACAUAUGCAUUUCAUACAACAGAUAAACUCUGUUUUAUUCUUGAUCUUAUGAAUGGUGGCGAUCUUCAUUAUCAUUUAUCUCAACAUGGAGUUUUUUCAGAGAAAGAAGUCAAAUUUUAUGCAGCAGAAAUCAUAUUAGGAUUAGAACAUAUGCAUCUUAGAUCAAUUGUUUAUCGGGACCUUAAACCAGCAAAUAUUUUACUUGAUGAGCAUGGCCAUGUUCGUAUAUCAGAUUUAGGUUUAGCUUGUGACUUUUCAAAGAAAAAACCGCAUGCAAGUGUUGGUACACAUGGUUACAUGGCACCAGAAGUUUUAGCUAAAGGUGUGGCUUAUGAUUCCAGUGCAGAUUGGUUUUCUUUUGGUUGUAUGCUUUAUAAAUUACUCAAAGGGCAUAGUCCAUUUCGUCAACAUAAAACAAAAGAUAAACAAGAAAUCGACAAAAUGACCAUGACAAUGUCAAUUGAAUUACCUGAAACGAUGACGAAUGAAAUGCGAACACUAUUAGAAGGAUUACUUCAGCGUGAUGUCGAUAAACGUCUCGGAUGUAUGGGAAGAAUAGCUGAAGAAGUAAAAGAACAUCCAUUUUUUAAAGAUAUCGAUUGGAAACAAGUUUAUUUAUUAAAAUUAACUCCACCAUUGAUUCCACCACGCGGUGAAGUAAAUGCAGCUGAUGCUUUUGAUAUUGGAAAUUUUGACGAAGAUGAUACUAAAGGAAUAAAAUUAACUGAAGCUGAUCAAGAAUUAUAUAAAAAUUUUCCAAUCGUUAUAUCAGAACGGUGGCAACAAGAAAUAACUGAAACAGUAUUUGAUACCGUUAAUCAAGAAACGGAUAAAAUUGAACAAAAACGACGUGCAAAAUUUAAACAAAAUAACAUUUAUGAUGAUGAAAAAACAUCUGAUUUAAUUUUACAAGGACAAUUAAAAAAGAAUACGGGAACAUUUGGAUUUUCAUGGCAAAUACGUUAUACUAAAUUAUAUCCAAAUCGAUUAGAAUUGCAUUAUGAAAAGGGUGAUAAAGAUCCAGAGGUUUAUACAAUGGAACGUAUUGAACAUAUUGAUUCAAAAGAAUGUAAAGGACAAAAAACGAUUACAAUUCAUUUAAAAGGUGGGAAUGAGCCGCGUUUAAUGCUUUCACCGCAGGAUGAAGUAUCAUGGAUUGAAUGGAAAAAGGCAUUGUAUGAUACACUCGUUGCAUCACAACAACAUUUAACAGUUAGUGAAAAAGCAUCAAAAAUUUAUGGAGCUGACGUAAGUAGUACAACAAAUGCAAAUAUUAAUUCAAAUCAACAAUCAUCAUCGGGUAAUUAUCAUAAUACAUCGUUAUCAUCGACCGGCGGUAGUUUGGGUGGGAUAAAAAAAACUAAUAUAGCUGCAGGCACGCUUCAAGAUUAA